GGGGGGAAUGGGAGAGACCCCAGAAUCUCUCUGGAGUUUGGGCUGUGGGACUGCAUGCCCCUUGCUUGGGGUCUGGACUGUUUGCUCAGGAUCACAUUGGUUUCAAUUGGGACCAGGAUGCAGGGACCAUAUGUGUCACCUUUGGGGUUGGGAUCUGGGGACCCUCACAUCACGCUAGGGUCAGGACAUGGGGACCAUCUGCAUCCUGCACAGGGUUGGGAUGUGGGACCUUCACACAGUGCUCAGGGGCAGGACAUGGGACCCUCACAUUGUGCUUAGGGUCGGGAUGCUGGGAUCCUUGAUUCAGUGUGGGGACACAGGGACCUUCAUGCUGGGGUUGGGGUCACGCUGUGCAGAACCUUACACGCACUUGGGGUCACAGGGGGCCCUUGCAUGGGGGCUGGAACGUGGGGACCCCAACGUGCUGCUUGGGACGAGGACAUGGAGACCCCUGCAUUGGGUUUGGGGUGCAGGGGCCCUCCCGUUAGGGUUAGGACCAGGAUUUGGGGACCUUUUUAUUGGGGUUGGUGUGGAGGGACUCUUGUGUCAGGGCCAGGACUCGGGCUCACCUGCACUGGGGAUUGGGGGCCACCGUAUGAGACUGCAGCAUCUCCUGAGGCUCACUGGGCCUGAAAUGGGGGGACAGUGGGGGCAGGUUGUGUCUGUCCCCUCCCUUCUCGCAGGGACUGUGACCGGGGGGUCAGAUCUGAGCUCCUGCACCACCCUGGCUGGCUCCAGAUAACUCGGAUGCAGCACUGGAGCUGCUUAACCCCAUCCUGAUCCAGCCUUCGCCCCCCCCAAACCCCACUGCCAUGAAGAAGAAGGCGGCCAAUGGGAGGGGGCCGGAUCCUGCAGCCCCCCAGCAGCGAGCCCGGGGCAUCACCAAGUCAGCAGAGUACGUGGGCUCCUUUGUGGUGGAGGACUUGGACCUGGAGCAGCGAGCAGGGCAGCUGGAGGAGCAGCUGCAGGCACUGAAGGACUGCCCCAGGAGGAGAUUGGUGGUGCUGAGGUUCAGCUUGCAGGGGGUGAAAGUCUACAGUGCUGAUGGUGAGACGCUGCUGAUGGCGCAUGCGCUGCGCCGGAUCCUGUACAGCACGUGGCGACGCGCCGACCGCCAGUUCGCCUUCGUGGCCCGCAACCCCCGCAGCCCCGGCAGCCCCCUCUUCUGCCACCUCUUCGUGGGGCUCCCGGGUGAGGUCCAGACCCUGCAUCUCCUGCUCUGCCGCUGCUUCCAGCUCUGCUACCUCCUGGCUCACCCCGAGGAGCAGGCGCCCGAUGGGGAGCCCACGGGGCCGGGGGUGCUGCGGGAGCCGCUCAACCCCGAGGAGGUGUCGCGCAACGUCAACGCUCUCGUGUCCUUCCGACGCCUGCCCGCGCUCGGCUCCAUGGGCGCAGGGGACCGACAGGCGGAGGGCAGAGCCUGGCGCCCUGGGAACCCCUACUGCUCCCCAGUGCUGGUGCGCAAGAAAGCCAUCCGCAGCAAGGUGCUGCGCUCGGGGGCUUACCGGGACUGUGGGGCUGAGAGCCAGCUCCAUCAGCCACCCCGUGACACUGCACCAGCAGGAUGGGAGAGCAAAGGGGCAAGGAGCUUUGCCUUCCUCCCUGAAAACGAGAGCAUCCUUGCUGAGAGCAUGUGGGGCUUCGCCGGCAUCUCCAGGGACAGCGGGAUCGCGCUGCUGCGCCGCGAUGUGCCCGGCGCCUUCCUGCUGCGCCCCGAGCCCGGGCUGGCCAAGCGUUGGUGCCUGUGGGUGCGGGCGCCCUGCGGCAUCGUCACCUACGGCCUCGUCAGGACGCACCAGGGCAGGUUCUGUGUGGAGCACUCCAACACCGAGUUCCCCAGCGUGGCCGCGCUCCUGGCUCACUACUCCGCCGCACCGGGCGGAUGCUUCUGUCGCCUGGCCCCUGGCCGCCGCAACCCCGGCUACGAGGAGCGGGACCCCGGUGGCGGGGCCAGCGCUUGGGGGGACACUGCCUGGGCCCCCAGCGGCCCCGUCGGGGCGCAGCAUGAGCGGGGUUAAGCUCAGGCACCCCCCCCCCAGGGCACCGGCCCCCCGACAAUCCCCAUUGAGCUUUAAACCGCUGCCGUCUGCCUUAUCUGCCCCCUCCCGCGGCUGCGUGCGCUGGCAAUAAAUGGCUGUCGUGC